CAUGCGUUUUUCUUUAUGUAUUUUUCUCGCGUCGUUCGCUCGAGCUCGCUCUGGUUCUCGCUCAAGCUUCAAGCUCUCUUGGUCCAUCGCUCUCCAUCUCUUUCUUCGUCCCUCUCUCUGUCUACCUCUCUCCUCCUCUCUCUCAUCAGUUCAAACCCUAGAAAUUGGGCAUUUCCAAUAUUAAAGUUUGCAGGAUAUGCUGUAAUUUUGUGUUUCUCCAAGUGCCUGGUUCUUACUGUCCAACUAAAUGAACAUCUGCAGAUGUUGCCUAACUGAAGCAUUUUAGCACAUGUUUGGUAACACAGGAGGUGUUUAAUACAAUUUUUCAGAAAUUGAGCAAGUUGAGCUAGGGUUUUGCUGUGCUGGAGCUGUUGGUGCUGAUAUUGAGAUAUGGAAGCUCUUGCUCCAGCUCCGGCCCCUCAUACACCAAAUGAACCGUUGAACAAUUUGGUGCGUUGGCCAAUAACUGAGGAACUUAGGGAGGCAUUAACUAGGAUGGGUUUAGGAUUCUUUGAACGUUUUAGGUUCCAAAUGAGGUUGGAUUGUACCAUGGUAAACGCUUUGCUACGACACUAUGAUCGUAAUUUAAAGUGUUUUACCUUUAAUGGUUAUUCACUAUAUUUUAGUUUAGUAGAUGUCCUUCUCAUCACUGGUAUGCCGAUUGACGGUAGACCGGUUAUUGGUAGGCUAGGGAAAACCAAAAGUUUAUUUUUAAAUGCUUUUGGUAUCGAUCCUCCUCCACAGUCUUUGGAUGGAGGGAGGAUUAGGCUUAGUUGGUUAAGAGAAAAUUAUAGUAAUAACCCAGUACGUCCAGAUGAGGAUGGGUGGGCAUACUAUCUUAGAGCCUAUGUCAUGUAUGUCAUUGGGUCAUAUCUAAUACCAGAUGACUGCACUGGAUUAGUUUCUGCCCAAUAUUUGGGGCUCUUGGACAAUCUUCAGGAGGUUGGCAGCUAUGCGUGGGGAGCAGCCGCAUGGGCGAGCUUGCACAAUUCUUUGGAUCGAGGAAUCGUAAACGGCUUGGCCUACGCUCUCAUGAUAUUUGCCAUAGAGCAUAUAGAGCCACUACGCAUAGAGGUGAUAGGGGAGAUAGUAGAUCUCCCUAUGGAGUGUCCAUUAAUGGUGCCGUGGUCCCACCUUCUCCACAAACGCUUGAAGGCAAGCACAGUUCCCAAUUCUGGUGCCUAUAUGGAAAUUUUGGGGAAUGCGACGGAUGAAAAUUUCAUACAACAGCCUUAUCAGAGGCUUAGCCAUACUCUUCUAGGGGAGGGUUAUGAGCGUUAUGCCCCUCAGCUGGCUAAGGCAUGCUCAGUCGCGCUCUGCAUCAAUUAUCACACAGUCGUCCCUCACAAACCAAACAACUAUGCUAGGCAGUUUGGUUUUGAGAAUAUUAACCUAGAUUCGAUUCCAGAGCUUCCUGAUGUAGUGGUUGAAGUAAGAAAGAAGGGGCCAAAGAAAGAUUUAAAUCUUGCUGACCACGGGCACUUUCCCCUGUACAUUAACAGCUGGCUUGGCAGGUUUCCUUUGAGAGGGAUGCGGAUAGCUGGUGUGGUAGGUCCUCCAUACGCUGUGGAAUUGCCAGCGCAUGACAUGCCGGUGCAGGCCCUUCAUGACAACCCACCGCAUUCCCCGCAUGACAUGCCUAUGCAGGCCCUGCAUGGCGACACACUGCAGUUCCCGCAUGAUGUGCCUGUGCAUGCCCUUCAUGACGACCCAACGCUGUCCUUGCAUGACAAGCGACUGCAGACCCUGCCUUCACAGCUUGCAUUUUCAGUCAUAGACCCAGCGACAGAGCCCUCCACCUUGCCUAGAGACGAUAUAGAGGAUGAGCAAUACUUCUUUGAUGGCGUGAAGCUCACUGAAGCAGAAGAUCGCGAACUAAGUUACAAGAAACAAAUAUACGAGCUGGUGAAGAAGAGGUCAGAUGAGGUUGAGGAUACCAAUUUAGAAGCAGCAACACAACCAGUCUUCAAUUCAUCGCCUUCCAUAGCUUCCAACUUAGAAUCUGAAGACAACCUGUCAUCACAGUCGCCUCAACUUCAAACCCCAAUUGGUUGGCCUCUUGAUGGCGAGCUCACCCUCAACUGGGUCCAAAACCUCAUGUCCGUCUUCGACUGGGCUUCUAGAAAUCUUGAGCCGACCCAAUUGCCAGACGUGUUUCCUGUUGAGGUUUUUGAUAGCCUAGCCCUCUUUGCCUCCAAGAUCCUCCACAAAGAGGCCAAUUGUGUCACCAUUGACAACUUAGCCCCUGAAUCCACGGUCGUUGUCGUCGGAGACCUUCACGGGCAGUUGCAUGACCUUCUUUUCCUUCUCCAUGAUGCUGGCUUUCCCUCAGAAAAUCGAUUCUUCAUCUUCAAUGGCGAUUAUGUUGACAGAGGUGCUUGGGGUCUCGAAAGUUUCUUAAUUUUGUUAGCUUGGAAAGUGCUCAUGCCAAAGAGGGUGUAUCUUUUGCGAGGAAACCACGAAUCAAAGUAUUGCACUUCUGUUUAUGGUUUUGAGAAGGAAGUGCUGACAAAGUAUGGUGAUAGAGGCAAACACAUGUAUCGUAAAUGUCUUGGGUGCUUUGAAGGUCUUCCCUUGGCUUCCCUAGUUGGUAAACACGUGUACACUGCACAUGGAGGUCUUUUCCGCCACAUGCCUGCUAUCUCCAAGAAAUCAAAGGGAAAGAAGAGUCGGAGAGCUUUCAAUCCUGAACCUAGUUCGUUAUCUCUAGGCUCUAUUGAAGAACUGAAUAAGGCUCGAAGAUCAGUUCUUGAUCCUCCAUGGGAAGGUCCCAACGUGAUUCCUGGUGAUGUGCUGUGGUCGGAUCCCUCAAUGUCUCCCGGCCUGUCUCCAAAUAUAGAGAGAGGCAUUGGGCUGCUUUGGGGUCCUGAUUGCACUGAGGAUUUUCUCAAGACUUGUGAACUUAAAUUGAUUAUUAGAUCACACGAAGGUCCCGAUGCACGAGAAAAGAGGCCAGGUCUUGGUGGAAUGGAUGAAGGGUACACCAUCGAUCACAUUGUGGAGUCAGGAAAGCUCAUCACUUUGUUUAGUGCUCCAGAUUACCCACAAUUUCAGAGCACAGAGGAGAGGUACAAAAAUAAAGGGGCUUACAUUAUCUUGGAACCCCCUAAUUUCGAUGAUCCUGUAUUUCAUAGUUUCGAAGCAAUUACUCCAAGACCAAGGGCUAAUCCCUUUUACAAUUUUGAAGAAGUGAUUGAUUCUGAUGAAGAGUUGGACUUGGCAUCAAUGGUGAUCAGUCCGUGAAGCAAUGUCAAAGAAAAUGCCUCGUGGAGAAGGGUGCGCACAACAGGAUUGAGAACUUGAAGAUAAUUGUAGAUAUCACUUUGACUGGUGGUUUGUUGGUUGGGGAUGGUAGAGCAAAAGGAGACGAAAUUCUACUAAAAUACUUAUGUUGAAUAAUUAGCAUACAUUGAGCACCUCUGAUAAGAUAGAUAGCAUUGAAUCAACUAUGUUGCACCUCUUAAUCAAA